UUCAAUGAUGUGCAUGUGAAAUUCAGCCAAGAAGAGUGGGCUUUGCUGGAACCUUCCCAGAAGCAACUCUACAAAGAUGUGAUGUUAGAGACCUGUAAAAACCUCACUGCUAUAGGCUACAAUUGGGAAGAUUAUAAUGAAGAACAUUUUCAAAGUUCUACAAGUAAUAAAAGGCAUGAAAGCAGUCAUACUGGAGAGAAACCUUCUAAAUGCACUGUAUGUGGUAAAGUCUUCCCCUAUACCACUGAUCUCAUACGGCAUAAAAGAACACACACUGGAGGGAAACCUUAUAAAUGUAACCUAUGUGGUAAAGCCUUUUCACAAAACAGUCAUCUCAUAAGCCAUAAAAGAACACAUACUGGAGAGAAACCUUAUGAAUGUAACCAGUGUGGUAAAGCCUUUGCACAAAACAGUCAUCUCAUAAGACAUAAAAGAACACACACUGGAGAGAAACCUUAUGAAUGUAACCAGUGUGGUAAAGCCUUUGCACAAAACAGUACUCUCUUAAGCCAUAAAAGAACACACACUGGAGAGAAACCUUAUGAAUGUAACCAGUGUGGUAAAGCCUUUGCAGAAAACAGUCAUCUGGCAAGCCAUAAAAGAACACACACUGGAGAGAAACCUUAUGAAUGUAACCAGUGUGGUAAAGCCUUUGCAAAAAACAGUCAUCUCAUAAGCCAUAAAAGAACACACACUGGAGAGAAACCUUAUGAAUGUAACCAGUGUGGUAAAGCCUUUGCACAAAACAGUGCUCUCAUAAGCCAUAAAAGAACACACACUGGAGAGAAACCUUAUGAAUGUAACCAGUGUGGUAAAGCCUUUGCACAAAAUAGUACUCUCUUAAGCCAUAAAAGAAGACACACUGGAGAG